AAUUUAAUAAUAGGUUUAAUUGCUAACUUUUAAAAAACGGAUUUAAAGUUGGUUGGUAGGUUACACAUCUGAUCUUCUAGCCAGCCUAAACAACGUUGUUUACGAUAAUCUAACGUAAUAGAUGCUAUACUUAGUAAAACAAAUUAAAAUUAAGCUGAUUUAAAAUAAUAUAAUAAGUAACAAUGGUGUUCUUUUCAAAAAAGAAUGGAAUCUAUAGUUCUAGGUUGACGUUGCACGUAUAUAGCAUUGCGCUGCAGGCUAUGAUCGGUGUAAAGAUGCUAUUAUCGUCACCAAACAAGACUGAUUUGAGUUUGAUUUUUAAUGUACGCUCUGUGCAGGAUGUCUAUAAACUGGGUUUUGAUUUAUUGCAGUAUGGAGGAGUUGCUCAUAUAUUGCUGUCGUUGAUAACUCUAGUUGGUGUUAUCUGUACUUACUUUAUCACUAGCGUCUUUAAGCUUCCAAUGAUUAUAAUUUCAAUGAUUCAAGGUUCAUACUGUAGUACAACGGCAUUGGUAUGUGUUUAUCUAUUACAACGUGGUUAUUCAUCAGUGAAUAAACUUGUUGACUAUCUUGCUAAGACUGGUAGUUAUUUGGGAUUUGAUCUUACAAGCACCAGUCUCCUCAUUGAUAAAAGAGAGGAUUUAUUUGUAAUUGGGCUGCUUGCUAUCAUGGCAUCAUCCAUGUAUAGUAGAGCUCAAUUGAUUCAGGGUACAGAUUCUGCUCCUGCAACAAUGGUCAUGGCGCCGAGUUUAACCAUAGGUUUGGCAAUUGCUUUUGCUCUUAUAGCACCCUGUAGAGAUUAUAGGAUUGUGAUUUUGGGUGGUAUAUGGCUUCUAAUUUGUAUUGCAGGUGAAGUUAUAACAACUUUGACUAGUUGUAGGUGUUUUAAAUUUUUAGACAUCACAAUGAUAUUUGUGUAUGGCUCAAUGUUUGUUUUCUCGCUGAUAACCAUUAUUCACUGUACCAAGAUUUAUACAAAUGGGAGGUUGGAUUAUUCUUCAUACGUCGCUUUGCUUAAAGGACAGGUCAAUGACUAUGUGGGAACAUAUGUUGGUGAUUAUGUUCAUCAGAAUGUGGAAAAUUAUGUGAAUUAUGAUUUAAUCAGGGGGUACUUUGACAGUCUUACUACAAAUCACACGAACGAGCAAAUUAACUUCUAUAUGGGCAAUGGUGAUUUCUUAAUUGUGGUCAUUAUGCUCGCAACGGUAAAUCUAUUCUUCAGUUUUAUUGCUACCUUGUACACUCUCUUCCACUUUUUUGACUUUCACAGCGAUGAAACCCCUAGAGAGGCAGAUGACAAAAAAUUUUGCGUCGUAAUUAACCAAAAAUAA